AUGCCUCUAAGAAUCGAAGGUGUCCCUAUUCGUUGUCACUUGGUAACUGGCAGAUUAUAUGGGUGGGAUCACGUGAGAUGGUUCCAUCGACAUAAUCGAGUCCUUGUCUUGUGUCGCAUAUUGGUCAAGGAACAGCGGGGACCAUCUCACUUAUGGAGUAGUCCAUAG